CCCGUGACAGUGGUUAAACGCCGGUGUCAGCCCUCUGUGUAGUAGAAAGACCCAAGCAGGGCUCCGGGUCUCUUCAGAAUAACAUGAAGGCGAACGACGAGAGGAGCUCAGUACUGAAUUAAAUCCGUCUCCGCUUAAUGGAUCUCUGAGACUCGCUUCACGCAGGCAGUCGCUACUGAGUCGUCCUCAAAGCCGAAAACAGAAAAUCUGGACCUUGUUUUUUAUUAUUUAUUUUAAAUCAUUCAUUUUAUUCUUUAACGUCAUACAUUUCUCCACUCUGUUUGAAAAUGUGUUAUGUUCGUGGUGAGAUACAGUAAGCCCUCCGCUUAGUAUCGGGACGAAGGUUCCUGCUCUGCUAUCGUUCAGCAGGUUAUUCAUCUGUACACAUGAGAGAGACAGAAAAAGAAGAGAACUGUCAGAAUCACCAAGAUGAAACACUUUAAUGAUGGUAGCCUCUGAGGACAAAAGCUCAAGACAAGCUGAGGUGGUGAAGUCUCCUUUUGAACAUUGCCUCAAGUUUGCCACAAGCAUAUAUCAAUGAGAAGAAACUGAAAGAAGACAGCCAACAUUUUUUUCUGAUUGGUACAUGGGGACAAUAUGCAUCAUCACACAUCCAUCAAUAAAAGCAAGACAUGUAAUAGCAAUUAUUUUGGCUCUGAAAACAGUUGAACAUCCUGCUGAUUCCCUAAUAGGAUCACAUCAAGGUACUAAAACAGUUGUAGUAUUGAGCCAUUUUGAUUUUUUUGUCCCUAUACAUAACUUUCAGAAAAGCACAAAUGGCCUGCAGAUCAGGCAUGGUAAUGAGUGCCUUGUUUUGGUCUGUAACUAUUUUAAGUUUGACUCACAUUGGCAGAGUAAGUGGCGAUUGCUGGUUAAUUGAAGGCGAAAAGGGCUUUGUGUGGCUUGCAAUUUGCAGCCAAAAUCAACCACCUUAUGAGGCCAUCCCACAGCAUAUCAAUAACACCAUUGUUGACCUUCGUCUGAAUGAAAACAAAAUCAAGAGUAUCCAUUAUUCUUCUCUCAGUCGCUUUGCCAACUUGACCUACCUGAACCUAACCAAGAAUGAGAUCUCAUACAUAGAGGAUGGAGCCUUCUCUGCUCAGUUUAACUUGCAAGUUCUCCAAAUGGGCUUCAACAAGUUACGAAACCUGACAGAAGGGAUUCUCCGGGGUUUAGGAAAGCUGCAGUACCUCUACCUCCAGGCGAACUUGAUUGAAACUGUGACACCUAAUGCCUUUUGGGAAUGCCCCAACAUAGAAAACAUUGAUCUGUCCAUGAACCGAAUCCAGCAGUUAGAUGGGUCCACGUUUGCAAGUCUUACUAAGCUUACCACCUGCGAGCUGUACACAAACCCUUUUAAUUGCUCGUGUGAGUUGCUGGGGUUUGUGAAAUGGCUUUCAACUUUCCCAAACCGGACAAAUGAGCGGAUGGUCUGUGACUCUCCACGUGGUGUCGCGGGUUACAGCUUAUUGAGCCAGAAUCCUCACAACCCUGCGUACCGAAAUGCACUUCACAUGCUAACUACUGUGUGUACCGAUGACUACGUGACACCAUUUAUUACUGUGUCUAUGGAGUCCACAACGCUACCACCUGACUCAACACUUUGUGGGCUGGAAGACUGUCCCUCAGGCACAGAACCAGAGGACAUAACAGUCAGUACAACUGAAAAUGAUGUGCAAGGAACCCCUCUGAUGAAAGUAAAGGAAGUAACAAACACAGGUGCCACCAUUACGGUUCAGAUUCCUCAUCCCUACAAGAAGAUGUACAUUCUGGUUCUUUACAACAACAGCUUUUUCACAGACAUUCAAAACCUGAAAGACAUAAAAGAAGACAUUGAGCUUAAAAACCUUAAACCCCAUACCAACUACACAUACUGUGUUGCUUCAAUACGUAAUUCUCUUAGACACAACCACACAUGUCUAAUAGUCUCCACCAGCCCUCGGAUUGGAAAUGACCCAGUUGUAAACAACGCAACCGCUACUCACUAUAUAAUGACUAUUUUGGGCUGCCUUUUUAGCAUGGUGAUUUUUCUGGGAAUUGUUUAUUAUUGCUUACGAAGGAAGCGUCAACAAGAUGAAAAGCGAAGGAAAUCUGGCAGUCUUAAGAAAAAUAUAAUGGAACUCAAGUAUGGACAAGAACUAGAAGGUGGGACUAUUUCUCGAAUGUCACAGAAGCAGCUGCUGGCCGGAGAGAGUAUGGCCCGUAUGCCGUACCUACCAUCUGAAAUGGAGCAGUACAAGUUUCAGGAGAUAAGUGAGACUCCCAAAAUGAUGAAGGGGAACUACAUGGAUGUCCGGAGCAUGGAUCAUCAUGAGCGCAGGGAGUGUGAUAUGGGAAUGGCUGGAAACAGUCAAGGAUCAGUGGCAGAGAUUUCCACAAUUGCAAAAGAAGUUGAUAAAGUCAAUCAGAUAAUUAAUAACUGUAUAGAUGCCCUAAAGUCAGAAUCAACUUCUUUUCAAGGGGUUAAAUCUGGAGCAGUGUCGACAGCAGAGCCUCAACUGGUGCUAAUAUCAGAGCACCCCCAAAGUAAAUCUGGCCUUCUUUCUCCAGUGUACAAGGACAGCUACCAUCACUCUCUUCAGAGGCAUAGAAGCUCUGAUGUCUCGCCAAAGAGGCCCAGCACUGCCACAAGCGGGCCCAUGCGAAGCCCAAGGCCUUAUCGUUCUGACUCCAAGUACAUAGAGAAAACCUCUCCAACAGGAGAGAGCAUCAUUACAGUAACACCUGCCACAGCUAUCUUGAGGGCUGAGGCAGAUAAGAUCCUCCAAUACAGUGACCACCGGCAUUCAUAUCCCGAUGCUCAGAUUGAGGAGCUAGAAGGGCCUGAUAGCCACAAGCUGUUGGAACCCCUUACCCACUCCCACUCCAGAGACUUAGCCUAUUCCCAGAUGUCCUCUCAUUAUCACAAUCUAAGCUACUCAUCUAGUCCUGAAUACUACUGCAAACCUUCACACAGCAUCUGGGAGAGAUUCAGACUCCACCGCAAGCGACAUAAAGAUGAGGAGUACAUGGCUGCUGGCCAUGCACUGCGUAAGAAAGUUCAGUUUGCAAAGGAUGAGGACCUGCAUGAUAUUUUAGACUACUGGAAAGGCGUUUCAGCCCAAAAUAAAUCAUAAUCCAUCUAGGUGUUUUUAAAUUGGAUCUUCUGUCGCUAAAAUGACACAAGAACAUCAUUUGACAUCUGAAUCAAUGGAUACUUCACCAUAAUUAACUAAUAUUUCAUGUAUAUCACACACUCUUUUGACUGUAAAGAAGAUGAAGUGAGGAUUCGUCAAGCGUCUCUUAUUAUCUAAAGCAUUCAUCUGGAAAAAAAUAUAUUGCAAAUUAAUUAUAUAUAUGUUACAAUGGAUAUUAGGUUUUUUGGGUAUCGCAUGGCCAAGUCCUGUGACAGUGGAUUUGCUGUUGUGUAAUAUGAAACUACUAUAUGAAGAAACUGAAACUUUAUACAUUUUUCGAGGAACUAUCGGGACCCACGCAAACAGAACACUUUUCCUUCUCCUUGCAUAUAUUUAAUUGAAAACUGUGUACAGAUAUGGGUUUCUAUAUUUGAAAUGUUUGCUGUGUAAAUGGUGAAGUAUUAGCAGAUGAAUCAGGUUUCUCAAAUUGACCACUUUCUAUUUGGAAAACAUUUAUGUUGAAAUCUAACUUUAGCGCUAGAACCGCAAUCAUUACAGUAUUCCCUUUAGAACUGCCACAGUUUUUAUCCCCAUUUCUUGGAGCCUUAAAAAUGAAAAAGAUUUAAUUUAAAAAUACUGUAUUUUGGUCAUUUGUAACAGUUUUAUAAACUAUAGGGAGAAUAAGACUUGAGCAGUGGAGAAAAGCUAUUUGGACAAUAUGUUUCUGCAUUAAAUUACAUCAGUUACAUGUUUUAGAAUUUGCAAAGUACUAAUUGACAACUCACAAAUAAAUAUGCUUUUUUUAUAUUAUACAUAGCAAAUAUUUCUAAUGUCAUGCUCAAAAUCUCUUUUGUUAUUUUAUUAAUUUGGCAACAAAAAUGAAGGCAACAAUAAAAACAAAGAAACAAACAAAAAAAAAGAAUAGAAAUGCUGAAGAACAUUUGAAGAGUCAUUUAAUUCAGCCCACAGACAUUCACACUUAUUCAAAACCCUAGAAGAUAUGGGUCCACAAGCUGUGCUAUAGAUGCAGGUUCUACAUUUAUAUAAAUCUGUCUUAACAGCACAAAACACACACAAUUCCACUAUGUUUCAUUAUUUUUAAAACAAAAAUGAAGCCAAAAUAGAACUGUUUUAUAUGAACUCUUAUUUGGUUUGAUUUUUUACCCACUUGGUGCUUUAUUGCACAGUUCUUGUUCUUUUAUUUGCAAAUGACAGAAGGCAUUUUGUGGUGGUCCAAAGAUGUACGCAAUGCAGUCAAGUAAUCUGCGGAGCUCAAAGACAAAAUUCUAAAUGGAAAUCAUACAUUCAGCUCCAGAAGAAGACUCAGAAGAUGUAUUUGCUGCAGUGGUUUUUAAUACUUAUGGUAGUGAACACCAUAAGAUUUCAAAGCUCUCCAUAAUCCAAAGUUGACGACUUUUUAAUUCAAGUCAUGCAUUCAGAUUUUCGAGAGCAGUAAUAAAACCUUUUGCACCUUUUUACACUUCUUGUUCUAGUUUCGAGCCUUUAUAUAGUAUGAACAAAACUACAGCAAAAUGUUUAUGGGCAAUGGCAAUUUGUCCUGGCCUGUACUCACACAUGGGUAAUAGUGUUUUAUUGUCAGUGAGACAAAUAUAAUUAUCAAUGUGUAUUUAAUAUUGUUUCCGUGGAAACAAAUUACUUACUUGGCAAUUAUUGGUCUAAAAGGUCAAAUGUUUUUUCUUUUAUGUCACAAAUAUCCCAUAGCUGAUGUAAUGUUAAAGAGAGACAUUUUGGCAAAAGUCAUAAAGUAUCAAAUACAGUGGGUUCAUUUUAAGUGUCAGAGAUGAGAAUGUGUAAGGAGUAAAAAUGAUCUCUUUGUGGUUCUAGUGUUAAAGUCAUUUCAAAGAACUCCAUCUGUAAUAUUUUUAUUAUUGUUCUUUAAUUUUUUUUUGAGCUUUUUCAUAUUUCAGAUGGAUUCAGUUUUUAAAUGACCUGAAUAACACAGUGCAGUAUUCAUUGGUUAGAUCCUGAAAGACUCCCUGCUGGCAAAAAUGCAGUAUAGACCAUGCUUUUCUGAAUACCUGUGUUUCCGUUACAUGAACCGCUAUUUGUAUCUUUUGUACCAAAGUAGAAAAAGCUAAUAAUGUUUACAACUUUCCUUGCCUAGUUUGUAGAUCAAGCAGUAGUUCAAUAUCAUUUUAUUUAUUUCAUUUUACAAGCUUCUCCCUUAAAAUAAAAAAUUGGCAAACUGUUGUAUCCAGAAACAGGAUUUUGUUUGAAAACCUGCUAUUAAUCACUAAAACCCCAAUGGGAAGGCAGCUGUACAUUGUCAUUAUUUAGGUAGACAGAAAGCUGCCCUGCAGGGGAGCCCGAUAGAUGAAUGUAACAGAUACAUAUUCUGAUCUGUCUAAGGCAGCUUUUUCCAUAUAUCUUCAAGAGGAUUUUUAAAUCAUGCUAUUAACAAUGGUGGGUUUUACAUUUGUUUUUCUUUUGCUUCAAUAUUUCUUCCAACCUUCUAUAUUGCAUAAUGUGUGAUCAUAAAGAUGAAUGAACAUAGUUUGUUGUUCAGAUGGGCCUUGUUGCUUGCUGAGAGGUUUAAUGUGAAUUUUAUCUGCUUAGGCUGUUAACUCAUUUUGUAUAUUAUGAAAGACAAGUACCAGGCAAACAUCAACAUGCUAAAAUAUAAUUUUCGAAUGUGAAACUGAAUCCUCUGACUUAAUGGCUGUGAACUUAUAAAUAAUGUUUUAUUCUUUUUUUUUAAGUAAAUAUAUUAUUUCAAGCUUUUUAUUUGUAAGAUGUUUAUAUAUUUUAUUCCAAUAAGGCUCAUGAUGAUUCGUCACAUAUGCUUGUGGCAUAACAUAAGCAUAGUUAACAAGUAAUGAACAUAUAUUUUUUGUCUCUCACAUGAUUUGUGAGUGACAUUCUUACGGUCUCACGGCCCUUAAUUAUAUUGACUAUUCUCAUUUAAAAAUAUAUUUAUAUUCCAACCACUUCUUUAGUCUGGAACAUUUCAGUCGAGGAGGAUAGAAUCAUGUAUAGAAAAACUUUACAACAUACAUUUAGGAAAGGCAUGCAGCAAUUAUUUUAAUAACUAGAAAUCUUUGGCAAAGUCACUGCAUCCUUUUUAAAUGUUAUGCAUUAUAAAUAUUAUUUUUUACAUUCAGUUUUAACUCAUCCUCCUUUCAUCCAACAUGAGUCAGUGUUCUUCCUGAUCCAAAAGUAAAAAACCUUUUUUACCUAUUUUAUUUAGUAAAGGAUUGUGGGUUUAAAGUAUGUUCCAUUUGUAAUGGUGCAAGAGGUAGGAGAAAACUGUGGUAGGUCAAAUCAGGCCAUUCAGAACCAACCCAACCCAACAUGCAAUGUUUUCAGUGGAUGAAAGCAGGGCCUAUUUUUGGUACUUGGCCACAUUGUUAAAACGUGCAACACAAUGACACCAAAGUAAAAAGCUAAUUUGUUUCAACAAAAUUUAUUAGAUUUUUAUAGCUCUAUUUAUUUUGAUUUUGAUCAGAUUCUCUUGACUAGAUUUUCUUCUUUGAGACUAGAAAAAAACAUGGAUUGGAGUUUUAACUUGCAUUUUUACUCCAACUGCCCUCUUAUCUAUAGGCUGGAGAAACAUUAUUAUGUAGUGACCUCAGCUUUGUCUGGAUUAAUAAAUGAUAAACAUUCUAACUGUAAUAGAUUAGAAAACAUAACAGCAUGGGAGAUGUAUUCAUAUGUGUUAAGUGUAAAUCCCAGAAUUGAGUAUAAUAAUUUAUCAGGAAACAUCUUUAAGUUGACUUCCCUUUGUAAGCCUGAUUGCAUGUUUUUAUAUUUCAAACCCAUGUGUACUUUUCUCUUUCCAUCUAAUUUAACUGUUUCUCUAUGUUAUUAUUUUACUCUGUAAUGAAACAUUCAUGAGCCUGAUGUGAAUGUCUUAUGUAAGCACCUUGUUAUCUGUUAACUGGGUUUUCUGACCUAAUAUUUCAACCGCCUUAAAUUUUUUGAGAUUUGAGUAAAAGUGUAAAUUGUUGUUUUAUUUCUAAUGUUUAUACUGUUGUUAAAGCUCCAUUUAUUAUUUUUAUAAAAUGCAUUUCAGUAUCUCUCGAGAGCUGUCAAGGUUCUAGUUUAUUUAGCCACUUAGAACCAUGUUUUUUAUAUUGCAUAUUGUAGAACUUCUGUGUCUAAUAAGAGUUCAAAGUGACAAGGGAACUCAAACAGUUGUUUGAGUGCAUCAAAACAAACAAGAGCACAAAAUGUGUUUUUUUUUAUUUUCAAUUCUUAAAACUAUG